AUGCCGUCACUCAAGCUCCCACCGCUGGCUGCUGCAGUGCAAAAGAAUCUUUUGACCCGCAUCGGAGAGCCAUUCAACGUAUCAGCCCCUAAUUCCACCAGAGUGGGGGUCAUAACGAAUUGCGAUACAGAUGUUGCAUACAGCUUUGACGAUGCACCAUACAUCUGGCACCAAGAGCUCAAUCAGCUGUUUGCUCAGAACAACGCCAAGGCGACCUUCUUCGUCAAUGGUAACAAUUGGGGGUGUAUCUACUCACCCGAAAAUGUGAAGGCGCUGCAGGACAGCUAUGCGGCAGGACACUUGAUCGGGAGCCACACAUGGGGACAUGUCCACAUGGACGAGAUGACGCCGCAAGAACUGGAUGAGCAGAUGGACUUGAUUGAAGAAGCAUUAUGGAAGAUUCUUGGUAUCGUACCCGCCGUCGUGCGUCCACCAUAUGGCGAGGCAAAUGCUCAAGUGGUGGCGCAACUCAAUGCACGGGGUUACACGGUGGUGACUUGGGACGUCGACUCGGGCGAUAGCGUAGGGGUUGUAGCAGCAGACAGCAUCGCGCGCCUCCAAGCGUUCAAGUACCCGCAACCGCAUAUGCCUCUCAACCACGAGAUGUACCAAAGCAGCGUCGACACGGUAGCGCCGGCGAUGUUACCAUAUUUGAAGAAGCAAGGCUACAAGAUGCUCACCAUCGCACAAUGCUUGAACGGCGUCGCUCCUUACAAGAUCGUCGGCAAACCACAACAAAGGGACGAAACAUGGACAUGCGGCAAGGACCACGCUCCUCCCUCCGCAUCACGGUAG